AUAAACACUCGAACAAACAACAUGCAGCACGGACUUCUCGUCGUCAUCCUGCUGGCCUGCCUGGCGGCCAGCUCUAGCUCCACUGCCACUCCAACAUCCCUGAUGUCCGGCCACUCCCGGAUGUUGCAGCUAAUGAGCUCCACUUCCGAACUGCAGAGGGAUAACCCCACCCGCUCCAUGGCCUGCUUUCAGUACUAUAGCGAAGAGUUUGACAAACACCUCAAGCAAUUCGAGUACGAGUACGGCCUGUGCAAGGAACAGGCCAUCAAUCAAACCGCCGACCUCUACGCAAAGUACAAUCAGGUUGUCUAUAGCCUGGGAAACACAACGAUCGAAGUUUGUAAGGCGCUUACGGACUGCACCUACGGAGCGAACGCUCUCGAGUCCCUGAACUGCUACUCCGCUCAGGGCUCCGAGAGUGUGAGGAAUGCAUACAAUCUUUCUUCAACCGCUUCGCUGUACUCCGCCGACCUGACGCAGGACCUCCAGCAAGUGACCUUCCGGGAGGAGGGCUGCUCCAACAGCUCGUCGCGUCGUUACGAGGCUCGCCUAGAUCAGUCCUACAUCGAUCUGCAGAACUGUUUGUCCGGUGCAAGCCCAGUGCCAGUCCCAGUCCCAACUACAACCACAACACCCCCUUCAACCUCAAUCAUAUCAACGACAGAAGAUUCAACUACGCAGGAAAUUAUUCGAACUACUUGGAACUACCAAGCUGACCCAAAAGAUGAUGGCAGUAUUGCCUCCGACAAGAAUCAUAGAUUGGCAUCGAAAAUCGGCCACAUUAUCAAGCAUAUUGUCUAACUUCUAAAUAAACACGAUAAAUUCCUUUGUAUAAAGUCGCUUACAGAGCCA